AUGGUGUGUGUCUGCUGGGGUCCUGUGUCCUGUUGGCAUGACCUGGACAACAGUGAGUUUGACUGUUGGCCACUGGACAAACCAGAUGAAUACAACAUGAUCGAUUGCGGAGGUCUAGAGAUGGCCUGGGUCACUCGUCCACCAGAGAAGGUGAAGAGUGGAGAGAUAUUUAAUGUCACUUAUUCAGUCACCGCCCACGACUCCUUCUAUCAGUGGGCCAUAGACAACCACAUCUUUACACACAGUUCUAUAGUCGAUGCAGUAGCAGCUAAGCGGUUCUGUGAGCAUCACAACUGUCCUGCUAACUGGAAAGAUGCUAGCGGAGACAACUGCUGUAUUCACCAUGCCAACAUCCACUCUUGUCCACUAGGAUACAUGACCACAGAGACGAUUUGUGGUCCGUGGAUCCCGGAUGACGGGAAAAUCUUCACACACACCAUCUCCACCUCCGGCAAGAUGACCCAGACCAACUGGACCGCCAAGGUGGUUUUGGUCCACGUGGGUGUAACGUCGCUCAUCGCCCACAUCCGUGUAGGACGCAUGCAGGUUGCCCUGGAGGCUAAGAGUACUGUCCUACCAGCUAUAGUGUGUGGUGACAGUGUGUGUGAGGAAGCAGAACAGUGUUCCACAUGUCCGGCAGACUGUGGAGAAUGUCCUUUGACCCCAACCACCAAGCUGGCCAUAGGACUUCCUGUCAGCCUCGUCUGUCUCUGUUUCAUAAUCGCUGCUAUGUGGCUCAGAUACCAGCAGCAAAGGCUCUUGUGGGAUGAGAGCUGGAUCAUCGACUUCGCUCAAAUUAAACAAGACCAGGCAGCUCGUACGACCCUCGGCAGUAUUCUGAGUGUUGCCGUGGCAAACAGCGACAGUAACGCCAGCUGUGUGACGGCUGUCAGCUCCUGUACCGCCCCUCCCUCCUCCCGCAAGACCCCCUUCACUUGCACCGGCAUCUAUGAUGGCAGGUCAGUCGCCAUCAAGAGAAUCCAAACUAAAACCUUCUCUCUGUCCAAGACCAUCAGACAGGAAGUCAAACAAGUCAGAGAAAUCGAUCAUCCAAACUUGUGUAAAUUUAUCGGAGGCUGUGUGGAGGUACCUAAUGUUGCCAUAAUAACAGAGUAUUGCCCCAAAGGAAGCCUUAAUGACGUGCUUCUUAACGAGGAAAUACCACUUAACUGGGGCUUCAGAUUUUCGUUUGCCACCGAUAUCGCCCGAGGAAUGUCGUACCUCCACCAACACAGAGUCUGUCAUGGACAACUCAAAUCUCUCAACUGUGUGCUGGACGACCGCUGGGUCUGUAAAAUAACUGACUACGGGUUGAGAAGCUACCGGAAAGAAGUUGGGGCGGAACCUCCUUCCACCUAUCAGCAGAGACUACUGGAGGUGUACACGCCCCCUGAGAUUCACAACUCCGACGUCGAACCAGCACUGGCUGGGGAUGUAUUUAGCUAUUCCAUCAUUCUGCUGGAGAUAGCCACUCGCAGCGACCCUGUCCCAGUGGAGGAGUCCAACCUGGAGUGUGCCUGGUGUCCUCCUCUUCCUGAACUGAUCUCCAGCAAAGCUGAGAACAGCUGUCCCUGUCCUGCAGACUAUGUAGAGCUGAUCCGGCGUUGUCGCUCCCAUAACCCCACCCACAGACCCACGUUUGAACAAAUCAGGAAGUUUGUUCACAGGAUCAACCCCAACAAAGUCAGCCCGGUGGACAUGAUGAUGAACCUCAUGGAGAAGUACAGCAGACAUCUGGAGGUGUUGGUGACAGAGAGAACUCAGGAUCUGAUGCACGAGAAACAGAAAACUGACCGACUGCUAUACAGUAUGCUGCCCAGACAGGUCGCUGAUGACCUGCGACAAGGGAAGCCAUCCCAAGCCCAGAGCUACGUUAGUGCUACGGUCUUCUUUAGUGACAUCGUGGGGUUCACCCAGUUGUCCAGUAGCAGCACUCCGUACCAGGUGGUCGACCUCCUCAACAGGCUGUACACCACCUUUGACGACAUCAUCGACAACUAUGACGUCUACAAGGUGGAGACCAUUGGAGAUGCUUACAUGGUUGUGUCAGGUGUACCCAGGGAGAAUGGGAUCCUUCAUGCCUCAGAGAUCUCUAGCAUGGCUCUGGACCUGGUUGGAGUGUGUUGCUCCUUCAGAAUACCACACAAACCCAACACACAACUCCAGAUACGAGCCGGAAUACACUCAGGUCCGGUGGUGGCAGGGGUAGUUGGGACGAAGAUGCCCCGUUAUUGUCUGUUUGGAGAUACAGUCAACACCGCCUCCAGGAUGGAGUCUACCAGCCAGGCCUUGAAGAUCCAAUGCAGUUCCAGUACGUUUUACCUGCUGGAGGAGAUUGGAGGCUACGUGUUGGAGUGCAGAGGAAUGCUGCAAGUUAAGGGUAAAGGGGACAUGGUGACCUAUUGGUUGAAAGGGAAGCAGGCGGUCCUGAACACUAGAGAACUCAGCCCCAACAGCAGCAAGACAACCAAACAAGUAAACAUGGAGGUAGAGGGAGAGACAGAGAGAGAGCUGUAUGCCUCCAUGCCUGGCUUUCUGAACCACAAUCUUCUCUUGGAUCCAGUUUGA